UGACAACAGUCAGUGUGAAUAAUAAUUUCGUGAAUAAUUAAUAAUUGAUACAUAAAACAACGUUGACGGUAAAAAGUGUUGAAAACUAUCGCCUAAAUAUCAAGUGUCAGUGUGAAAUUCAUUUGUUCUGGAUUUGGAGAAGGAUAUUCGCCAUUUUAUGGCGUGGGAGAUGAAAAUAUUGCUCCAAAAAAAACGUGAAAUACAGUUCAAGCAUUGUCAGUGAUAAGUAGAUAAGUGACUAUAUUCUUCCAUCGAACAAAAACAAUAUAGAAAAGAAGCUUCGAAGUGGAUAAACUCUUAAUGAAUUAUAAAUUUUGUGUAUAAAGUGUGCGUAUCAGACAAGAAAGAAAAAUAAUUUCCAUUUAAUUCCCCGGGAGUGAGAUCAUUCGGAAAUGGGCGGGAUGUCAUAGUACAAACAUUCAGACAGACAUGCUUGUGGUUUUGCUGUGCUGCAUGAUGAAAAUUGUGGAGUUUUCCACGGGAAAAACUUGCGGGAGCGCAGACCCCCGUGGAAAACAAAAGAGGAGAUUCGUUAGAAAAAGAAGAGGUAAAGGAAUGACCGAGGUGGGUAUAGUUCGGGGUAGCCCGGACUCGGACUGCAACAGCAACCACCAUGGAUCGGCCAGUUACCUCAGCAACACUUCCUCUCAAGACAUCGACUUCAUCCAGGACAACUCUGACUAUCAGUGGUUUCUCGAUUAUGGGUACAGAGAUGGCGGGACAAACCACCACACCAGUAUUCUUUCCCUACCUGAAUCCUAUGAAGCCGGAGACGUCAACUACUAUGAUGUAUUUUCUAAAAACAUGGACGCCAAUCUGGCUGAAGCCGACAUGGAAAGUUUCAGAACUGAAGAUAUACACGCCCUGCUGACGAAUUUACCACCGAUGUGCAGUGAUCAUCUAAGUCAAGAAAAUAACCGACAAGGAGAAUGUUUCGCGAGUGUCUCUGGCUCAAUGAUGGCCAAAUUCGACUUGGACAGCUCAAUUAGCCCUAACAGUAGUUCGCAAGGUGAUGAAUGCUCAGCAAACUCCAAUUCUAUGUCAAUCUGCAAGUCGGAACCACUCUUCAGUCCUAUUAAAGAAACUCCUGUACCUGUGAAUUUCAGUGUAGAUUCACUGGAUUGCGAUUUUCAUGAUAUGAUGUUGACUUGUCAGGCUAACAAGGAUAAUUAUACCAUUGCUUUCGAGGGAUCUGUAACUAUGUAUUCGGAGGACAGUGAUUUUCAUGAGGCUGAUAAAAGUUCGAACUCUCACAACACGGACAGCGCUCAUUGGCCUGGUGACGUAAAGUGCCAAUUGAAAAAUAUCAAAGCUUUGGAUAGUUCUAUGACAAAAUCAGAUUCCAGCAGCCUAACUACUUGGAGCAAGCUGAAAAAACGCUGCAGUGAAGAUCAUCUGCGAAGACCUCCCUCUGGAAACAACAACAAUUCUGGAGAUGAAGCUAGUCAUUUAGGUUUAACGGAUGGAACAGUGAAAAGUCAAAGCAUGCCUAACUUGUAUAAACAGAAACUGAGAAAUCUUUUAGUUGCGAGUGGGAGUAUUAAAAGCCAAAGUAAUAGUUCGACCGAUACAUGCACAGUGAAGAGACGCCCAGUUAAAGUAUUUGACAUCCAGCAUCAAAUCAAUUGCAGCGAAAGUGCCAGUAUAUCAGAUAUGGCAACAUCAGUUGAUGUAAGCUCAAGCGAAAAUGCAAACAACAAACCGCCCAACUUCAGUUUGGUGAAGCUCUUCAUGAAACAAAAGAGUAUGAGCGUUGAAGGUAUGUCGACAACAAUGGAUCAGUUAUCCUCAACAGAGAAUUGGCAAGGGAGUCAGUCAGGCGAGAGUAAUUCAUCGGAACCAAAGGAGAAAAUCCUCAAUACCAGCACAGAAGUGAAAACCAACGACAGCAGCGCAAGAACUUACGAUUUAAUAGCUGAAGAACCGGAAGAAGAGGUCUCCGGUAGUGAGUCUGUGGAACAACUAUCGGAAAGUAUAUCCAAACUUGAUUCUGUCAGCGAGAGCUUUGAAAAAGAUAACCUGUCACCAGGGGAUUACUUGGGUAAAGCGGCAGAAAAAAAUAAGCGCAACGAUCUAAUGAACAGAAGCAUUCAAACAUCCCAUUUUUCGGAAAUAUCUAACCUCAAGAACGCCCACAAGACUUGUGUUGAAGCAAUCAAACAUCCAGUGAAGGUCAUCGAACCGUCAUUUCUGAGCAAGCUUAAGAUGGAGGGAGAGAUUGAAAAACCGGUGUACAUCCUUUACCCAAACUAUGUGUUGCCUGACCUGGACUUCCUGAACGAAAAGCAGGAUGUCUCCAAUAUGCUUCUAUUACCGCAAAAAGCUCCCAGCGCAAAAGCUAUACCCUCAAAAAGGCGGCCGUUCAGCUGCAACGAUCUGGAGUCUCUCAAAAAACGCGGAUUUAGCCACGUAGAGGACUGGGACUCGCUCAAUGUUUUGCUGCCACAGGAGUACCGCAAGAUCCUCGCUGACGUGCCAGAAGUAUCAGAACAUAUCAAGACUGUGAGCAGGGAAAAACCCUCCUUCUUGCAAAACAAGUUCGCUAAACGUCGUCCUCUGAGCUGUGAAAUAAACCAGUCGUCGAGUUCCAGCACAGCUACGCAGCCUAGUUCAGGUUUUAGAGGAUCUUCCAGUAUUCUGUCAGAUUCUCAGAACAGUCCUCUUCCUACUACGAAUUUGAAUCCACUCUUCGUGUAUCGGUAUGAUAGUGUUACCAGUUCAGAGGCUAGUUUACUCAACAGCGAAAGGCAGCGAAGUAUUACCACUAUGGCUCCAGCAUUGCCUUUGAGGUGUGGAAGCCUGCCACAUGGUGAAAAUAUACCUCCUAGACCGCCAUUACCGAGAGGAAUUCUAAGAAGAUGCAUCGAUAAAACUGACGUGACGAAGCGCUACAGCAUGUACGAAACCAGCGAGGAGGAGAAUGUUGAAGAAACAUCCCACAAACGUAAAUCUUUACCUGAUCCCUACUUUAUGCAAAGAAAUAAAAGAUUGUCUGAAACGGAAGACGAAGGUGUUGAUGCGGGCACGUCCAGCAGCAGCUUGGACGAGAACCCUGAAAAUCUGUCCAGACACAAGACAGAUUUUCUCCUCUCGAACAUCAGCACAGAUGAGAUGGCCCAACUCGAAGAGUUUUUGAAACUGAGUGGCAUAUCGAAUUCGGAUGAGGAGAACACAGAACGAAGCUUGACACAGCUGCGUUCAUAUGUUAGCAAGUUUUUGGCAUUGAAAAUCAAUCAGGAAGGUUCAGAGCACUUUGGAGGAAAAAAAUGUGUGAGUUUCGCCGAGAAAGUCAACUUGUUACCGAGACAUUUGGAAACGAAGCAUUUCAUUCCUCCUAAUAAUUCACCCAACGUUUCCGCGUUCCUUCAUCAGAAGAAUCAUCAGGCUAAAAAUUUGGUCGACAUGCCAAUUUGUGAAGAAAACGAAAACAGUCCAAACUAUUCUAGUCCACAAACCACUCCCAUCCAUCUGAGCAAGACCUUGUCAGACAACCUUAUCCAGAAACGGUCCCUUAUCAGCGCCGUCACCGACUCAGUUGAACAACUAAUGCACCAUUUCUCGCUUGCAUCCAAUCAAUUGGAACUAAAUGCAUUGGGAGACGCCAGCAUGAACCCUGCAUGCGCCAAACUGGCCCUCACCACGCUUUGCCCAGCGCUCUACGCGGUUCUCAGCGACGGGCUGAAGCCAAGCUUAGAAACCAGCUUCGGAUCUAUUAAUAACUCAGUCUGGCAGGUCGUGGAGGCUUCCGCGCAGCAGGGUCCUUUAACAAAGGCUUUGAACGAGCUUGUCAUGAGGAUAAAUAGCGAAGAUGUCAUCACUGAGGGUCUAGUCAAGUUCAAUGCCUUUGUCUUUGGCCUGCUCAACGUCCGAUCUUUGGAUGCGUGGGCUAGUUAUCUCAGAACGAGGGAGAGUAUAUUGAAGAAACACUACACUGCAGAUUCUUUGAUGGUGAUGUCCCAUACCGGUGGGGCGAACGUUCGGUCUUUACUGGACUCCAUGAUCGCCGCUUUGCAACCGCUUGCAUUUUUGCCUUUUCAGCUGGAUUUAUUAUUCGAGUUCAAGCAGUUGCAUCUCAGCUUCAAGAGGAUGGAUUCUUUUCAUCAGCCGCUUAGUCCUACUCAUAAGCACUCACCAUCCCCAAAUUUCAAACAGUUCAGCUCUGCAAGACUUGGCCUCUCUUCACCCAGUAACCGUUCAAACUCUGAGUCGGAAGAUAUUUCCACAGCAAACACGGUUCGCAACUGUUCUAUAAACAAUGAACCCGAUCUUCUCGAUACCCCUCCUGCCUCUAAGUUGAAACCUCGCAGCGAUAAGGAACGACCCAGAUCGUGCGUCGAUACUAGCGCAAAUUCUAGACCCUCCUUCAAACUCGGGGAAGACAUGAACAAUAUAGCAAGGAAGAGGUGGUCGAGCAUCGCUUUAAACUCGAAACUUUACCAAGCUUACGACAGACUAGCAAAGGAAGACGAAGAAUAUACGGACAGCUUGGAGAAUCCCGAACGGCAAGACAGAAGCGACGAGAAUGUACCAUCACUCAAAGAGGAGUGUGAGCCAGAGUCUCUGGACUCGAACUUCUCAGAUGAAAAACCGAUUAACGGAAGGAGGUUCAAAAAGCUGCAGCAAAAGUGGGAGAUGCUGAGCGGGCAGAACUCUACAGAGUCUCCUCCUCCAUCGCCUACACAUGUGACCAAAUCGAAGAUACCUAGGCCGAUAUCGUCACCUGUGAAACCGUCGGGGAUUCCAGUACUAGUUUCUCCGGUCGUCAAAGGAGGUGUUAAUAUUGCGAAAAAGGUUACAACGCCUCCAUGUGGAAAGGGUAGUCCAAUCACUAAGGGGUUGGUUAGCACCAAGAGUUCACCAAUGAUUAGGGCAGGGCCCAGUACAAGGACAAGCAGAGUGGACCAGUUAGAACACCCUCAUGACACUCCUAGACACGUGCAAAGACCUAGUAGUUUACCCUACAAAGCAGCAAAUCAGAAUGGAAAGACUUCUAAAAUCACUCCUCCUCGAAGAGCAGCAUCUAGUUCGUUGAGUAGGAAACCGAUCAGUCAUUCUACGACACCCAAGGUUGUGCGAACCCUGAACCACAGGUUACCUUCCGAGAGCGGUCAUCUAUCCUACAACGAAGGAGAACGGUUACGAGUGGUAUUAGAAGUCGACGAAAAAUGGUUGUUGUGCUGCAGGGGUACUCAAAAAGGUCUCGUGCCGAAAUCGGCCGUUAUAGCAGACACCGGACGAUUCUGACUGUAAAUAAAAAGUUGUAAUGUUCGAGUUGUAAAUUUUUAUACAGACUGGACUUGUGAUGAAUAAGUUAUUCGAUUAGUCUAGGUAAGGCAUAUUUUUUAAGGAAACCGUGCUAGUAUGAUGUACAUUGCGGAUUGAGUAUUUCAAAUUGGAGUAUGUCAAAACAAUUAGAAAUUUAGUAACUAUUUCAGAUAUUGUAGAAACUGAAAACUUUCACAACAUGAGUAUUUUAAUUUUUGUAAAUAUACUUCGAUCAUUAUUUUUACAUUUCUUUAUAAGUGUUAUUGUUCCGGGGUCUACUUUUUACUAUUCUGAAUUUUUAUGCUGGCUUGUGAGACUGUAAGCUUUCAAAGUUGUUGGUGCUCUAAUUUGAUAUACUCAGUCUGUCCUGUUUAUACCGAAAACAUUGUUAAUAGUUGAUAUUCCCUUUUCUCCCUUAUUGUUGCCGCUUCUUGUGAAUGUAAGUGUUACUGAUAUUUUCCUUCUUUCUGUUUCUUUCGUCGGUGAUAGUAUUUUAGUGUACUAAAUGGGUACUGGAUACUUAAAUAUAUAAUUUGAAGCCAUUGUAUGGUAUUCGAUCUACCUAUAUUUUUAUUUUUUGUUGGAAUGUCGGGAAACGUCAUGAAACCAGUUUUCUUUUCGGUAUCUGCUCAACAAGUUCUGAAAUUCUUUCCAACUGUGCUCAACUGAAAUUUAUAAAUAUGAUCUAGAUCUUUUCAAUCCUUCAUGUAUUGAUUUUGCCUUUAUUUUAAUUUUUAUAUGGUUUCAAAAUGUUCUACAAAAAUAUAAUUUCAUCGAAGGAAAUUAUUUUUUAUAAAAUCAUUGGAUUUUGAUUAUGAAUAGCUGACUCCUCUAUAAUCGGUUUUACUUUUAUUGCAGUGUUUGUGUAAAAUUGGAACUUGAUGAGUGGAUCAUUUCCUCUUUUUUCCUUUCGGUGGUUGGGUUCAAUUUCUCCAGAAUUCAGCAAAAAAUAUGUGCCAUGACAAGCGAAUUUCUGAUCUAACAAUCUUUCCUGGAACUACCGAUCCUGAUAUUUUAACAGUGUUGCAUUCGCCGGUAUUACAGAGCCCUCACAAGCCCUACUAACAACCUGGCCAAUUUACCCUCCUGUGCAUGCUUACAUUUCUUGUGAAGGGUUUUGUAACGUUAUGGUACAUAUUACUGUAGUUAUAUAGUUACGUUUCUACUGAGAGCUUGUACAAUUUUGUCAAACUCGACUGUGGUAACCAGCACAAUUUUGUAGUUUUCCUUUUCGAAAUUUUCGCACACCAGAGCAUCUGGCGUGGGCCCAGUAUUUAUUGGAAUACCCGGAAUCCAACCGAAGCUCGAAUAAAUCCUACUUAAUUAUUUAUUUAUGUUUGUUCAUUUGGCCUUUGAAAACUAUUCUGGUAUCAAUUUUAAAAAGUCAACCAGUUUUGCUGAUAGCUGAGGCCUCGAACUUAUUCUUCAUCUAUUUCAAGUGCCAUCAGUAUUUUUUUUUCGAACUUCAUAUCUCUCUUCUAACACCAGUCAAAUUUUCCUAGUCUUCAUUCAUUAUAAAAUUAACUUAUUGGAUAUUUGUGGAAAACAAAAUUUUUAAUCAUUGGAUGGCCUAGUUGCCAAUCUCUUACAGAUAUUCAAAGUGAAUGAACAAACUUUGUUACCUUACUAAUACUCUUCCUUUGGAAGGAAAAUGGUUUCUUGGCAAUUUCUGAGUUGCUUUCUAUGGUUAACUUAUUGGGCCAAUGUGAUAAUCUACUUUUAACCUCAGAGCUUCUUCUAAAAUACUUUGCUGAAUGUAAUCUAGUGAAUAUUGUAGUAACAUGAGUAUUAUGCAAGUAUAUAAUGAUAUACGUACAGAUUGUCCCAAAUAGGAUCAUUUGCGGUUGAAUAUCAACUGCAGGCCGUUUUUUGUGAGGCACUCUUUAAAUAUAUAUAUUGUGUAAAAAUUUACCAAAUAUCUGUGACGGUGGCCUUUUGAUUGUACAUUUCGCUAUAUUUCCUUAAAUCUCCUUACCCCUGUCCUAGUUAUUCAUUUGCAGAUUGUAUUGGCAUUGUUUCACCUAUUUAUUUGUAUAUAUUGAAUCGAAAAGAGUAUGUUUUAUGUGAUGUAUAUAAUCUCUACCAAAGUUACGAUCGAACGAUCUGAACUCGAUAUUCCGAUAAGUUAAGUUCAUAUUUUGGGAGCAAUUUUCAUUUGUUUUUUAUUCGCUGAAUCUUUUUUUUAAGGCGUUAUGAAUGUGCGCCUCUCAAGUCAUUUUUCUAUCGUCUUGAGUUGAACUGUGAAGAAUUGUAAACUUUCAGUUUGUUAUAUUUACGAAUAUCAAUAUGAAAAGCUGUAGAAUCUACUCAUUAUACAAUAAUUAUAAGUAUA